AUGAGUAAUUGGAAUGAUAUAUAUCGAGGAUAUGCAACAUACACAGGGUCUGGAUAUGUCGGUGGAGCCGCCCUCUUAGACCCAAUUCCAUCCGAUAUGAAAAUUACGGCACUGAAUCCUUUCCAGUACAACUACAAUUGUAUUAAAGCAGAUAUGGCUGGUGCGUAUCUGGAAGUUACGGGACCGCACGGAAAGACUGUUGUCUAUGUAACAGAUUUAUAUCCAGAAGGAGCAAGCGGAGCGCUGGACCUGUCACCAAAUGCUUUUUCUGUGAUCGGUAAUAUGGCUGAUGGCAAAAUCGAUAUUCAAUGGAAAGUUAUUGAGGCACCAAUCACUGAAAACAUAAGCUAUCGAAUCAAAGAGGGAAGCAGCCAAUGGUGGGCUGCUAUUCAGGUUCGUAAUCACAAGUAUCCGGUGGUGAAGUUUGAACAUUGGAAAGAUGGGCAAUGGAUCAACGUAGAGAAAAUGGAUUGCAAUCAUUUUGUUGCCACUGGUCUUGGUAAUGAACCACUGCGUGUUCAACUGACUGAUAUUCGUGGUAUCACAGUACAUGAUUCCAUCCCUUCCUUGGCUGAUAGUGGUACCAGCAGCGCUUACAUAGUGCCUGGCAAUGUACAAUUCCACAGCCACAAUGAUGAGGGUCCCGGCAUCCACCCCAUAGUAAAUACUUUCAGAACUAUUACCCUUCGCUCGAACGCCAACGACAAAUUUGUGUGUGCCGACAAUGCUGGAAAUAGUCCUUUAUUUGCCAAUCGUGAUGUUACAUCUACUUGGGAAACAUUCGAUCUUAUCACUCUAAAUGGAGAUAAUGUUGCUCUCAAGUCACAUGCCAAUGGACAAUAUGUUUGCGCUGAAAAUGCAGGAAACAGUUCUUUGAUAGCCAAUCGCACUUCAAUUAGUUCUUGGGAAACUUUUCGAAUCGUUGAUCGUGGUAAUGGAAAGGUAGCUUUUAUUGCAGUUAAUGGAAAAUACGUAUGUGCUGACAACUUCGGAAAUAGUGAAUUGAUUGCUAACCGAACUACCAUCGACAGCUGGGAAACUUUUGACUUAGUUUCGCCGUGA